CGCAGUUGGAGAGGUCCUGCUUCUUCCGGGUCGUGGCCGGGGCAAAGGGUGGUUGCCGUGGAAACCGGUCCCAUGGCGGCCCUGGGGCGGGUGAGCAGCUCCUCUGGGCAACGCGAGGCCUAUUCAUUAGAGUUGUCUGUCACCACCAGGACACCAGUGCCCACUGUGUGCCCCACGUCCCCCGAGCGGCCCCUUUCCCCGGGGAAGGUUGCAGAACCGCCAGGGAAGAACCUGUGGGAGCAGAUCUGCGAAGAGUAUGAAGCUGAGCUGCCUCCCUUUCCAGAGGAAUAUAAAAUCAGACCAGAAACUGUGAUUACUGUUUCACCAAUGGAAGAAACAGUUUUCCAUGGCUUCAAUACAGAACACCUUUAUUCAGUUCCUCAUUUGACCAUGAAUUCACAUAUACCCUGCACUCAAGAAACAGUUGAUCCAAAAACAUGCUCUCCCAAAGAAUAUUUGGAAACAUUCAUUUUUCCAAUUCUGCUUCCUGGAAUAGCUAGCCUGCUUCACCAGGCCAAGAAAGAAAAAUGUUUUGAGAGGAAAAGAACCAAAUUCAUCGCUUGUGAUUUUCUGACUGAGUGGUUAUACAAUCAAAAUCCAAAGAGGACAGGGAAGCUGUUCACAGAAUUCUUCUCCAUUCCAUUUGUGGAGCAGUGGCUGAAGCAACACCCCCGGCCACCUAUCCCACUCUCCCUCCAGCUGACAGAAGAGGAGGCAGCACUGACCAUCCAGUCAUUCUGGAGAGCCUACCUGGUUCGCUGUGAUCCUGAAAUUCAAGAAUUACGUCAAUGGCAGAAGAAACUGCGUGAGGACAAGCACAUUCGUGAACGUGUAAAAAUUUUCUGGGCCAAACAAGAAAGGAAAGUAAAAUACAAAAUGGAGGAAGAGGAAGAGGAGAGUGUACUUGCAACUCCAGCACCUUAACCACCACUGUUGGUAUCUUCCCUUUUGAGCACCAAUGACCCCAUUCAAGGAGAAAGCCAAAAUUCUGCUUCCUUUAUUGUUAGUUUUUUAAUGACUAGAUUUGGUACAUGUGAAUACAGAAUCUUCCCCACAUAAGACAGUAUUUAUUGCGCACAUCUUUAGUACAAGUAGUUCUUACUUUACUGGUAAGAAUACACUAGUUUUAACUUUCUGCCUUAUCCCUAAAUUUUAAUUUUUCAUCCAUAUAUUGCUCCGGUGCUUCAGGAGUUUUCUUCUAUACCAACGUCCAUGAAAAUGAACCAUAAACUCUAGUUCCAGCGAUAAAGUGUCCUAGUUACUAGUUUCCCACUUUUAGUCACCUUUGUGAAGAGCUAAAUUUAAAUUUAAGCCCCAAAACCUCUGAAGUUUAUCUGGUGCAUACUCUUCAUAAAAAAGAUUAUCGCUUGUGAUCAUUUCAAAAGGCAACUGGCCCUUAACUUUUACAAUUCACCCACCAAGAUGUAACACUUAAACCUGGACAACAAUAACAAAGGAUUUUUGUUGUGUAGGCUCCAAAAUAUAGGAAGGUCCUCGUUUUAUGGGCAAGUUGAAUUAUUACCAUCAUUUGUUCUGUGGUUUGCUGUUAACCAGGAUUUUCCCAUUCAAAGAACCACAGCCUUAGUCUCUGGGCAGAUCCAAAAGCCUAGUGGUUGUAUUGGGUUGUUUUGACAAGCUACCACACAUCUUAAGGAAAUAGUGAAGCCUUUAGUUUUGUGUUAAGAACAUCAUUUUGAAAAUAAAAUCCAUGUGCUCAUGCUUUAAAGCCUUUUUAAUUUGUAAUAUUUAUAUACAAUCAUGUAUAGUACGCAUUGAUUGUCUUGAAAUUUCUUUAAUGAUUUUUUCUUAUAAGUCAACCAGGGGAGGGUGAAGGUACAUUAUAAAACACAUUAAUACAUUUAAUAAAUACAUAUAACCUAUCAAAAAUGAGCCAUAGCUCUUUAUGAAUUCAUAAAAGCACCUGUUGAGAACUCCUAUAAACUGGUAUAAUCAUUGCAUGAUUGGAUUAUAAAAGCCACAAUGCUCCCUUUCAGAUUGGGGUUCAGCUCAGCAUUGGCCAACCUAGAAGACCAUCCUACAUCUAUGUGUGUUCAUUGGGCUCUGAUGGAAACUGUGCUACAAGCACUGGAUCCCAGCUUUCAACACAGAAUGCAAAACCCUGGAGUCCCAGUUUGUCAGUCAUUUCUCCAAGCCAAUUCCUUCACCAGCUCCUCCAUCUCCAGUGGAGAAAUCCAGCCCACAAUGACCAUUUUCUAUUAAAAGGGAGACAAGAGUGGCUGUUACAGUCCCAAGGUAACUUUAAUAAU